CUCACUGUCCAAUCAGAUCAAGCCCAUAGUGUUGUGGAUCACGGGUCGAUUGGGCUUAAAAUACGCCACUGGACUUGUAGAUGGGCCGCCCAUUACCCAAAAAAAAAAAAUCCCUAACCGCCGAUGAUAAUACCCGCGAAAUUUGGUCGGCGAUGAUCCGUUUGCGUCACUCCAGUUCUUCAGACAGAACAACAAGCGCCGCACCGCCCGCACCGCAGUGAUGGGAGGAAACGAGAGCAGAAGAAGCCAAAGUAAGGAACAAUUUGAUGCGGGCGGGCGUCAUUUCCUCCGGCCGGCCGCCGAUCGAUUAGCCCGAAGAAGAAUCACAAAGCUUGCUCCUUUUUCCAAGGAUUGUGAUUUUAAUGGCGAAAGGGAGAGCGGGCUAGCCGCUGCUGCUGACGCUCGCCCGAAUUAACUUUUUCCAAUACCCUGUACUUGUCGUGGCCUUUUGAAAUUAUGCCGAAAAAACCCAACACUGAAGUUGCUCCGAUGGUUGUUGUUGCCAGCGGCGGGUUCAACUUAUCCAUCUACUACUUCAGUGGGGCCCUUGCACGGCAAAUCACAGAGAAGGAGCGCAGAGUUAAUUCGCCAAGAGGAAGAAGACCAAGAAGAAGAGAGGGAGACGUCUGCAUUUCUCCUCCCCUCUGCCGAGAUGGUGGAUCAGCAUGGAGGUUACAACGUGGAUGAAGCUCUUCUCUCUGUUGGGUUUGGAAAGUUCCAAAUCUUUGUCUGCCUUUAUGCUGGUAUGGGUUGGAUUUCAGAAGCAAUGGAGGUGAUGAUUCUCUCAUUUAUUGGUCCAUCGGUGAAGUCUCAGUGGGAUCUAAGCGCCAAUCAAGAGACCCUACUAUCCGUAGUGGUAUUUUCCGGCAUGUUACUCGGUGCAUACAUGUGGGGUGUGAUUUCAGACAAAUUGGGGAGAAGGAAUGGAUUUGUGGUCACAGCAUUCGUUACGUCUCUAGCUGGUUUACUUAGUGCCUUUGCCUGGAACUAUGUUGUGUUGCUCAUUGCUCGUUGUUUGGUUGGUGUUGGCCUUGGAGGAGGGCCUGUACUCUUCGCCUGGUUCUUGGAGUUCGUCCCUGCAACAAAUAGAGGCAUGUGGAUGAUUAUUUUCUAUUCAUUUUGGACGGUUGGAACUAUUUUUGAAGUCGGUUUAGCAUGGAUCAUUAUGCCAAGAUUGGGUUGGAGGUGGCUGGUUGGUCUUUCUGCUCUCCCUUCAUUUGGUCUCCUUGUAUUUUAUCCUCUCACACCUGAGUCCCCGAGAUACCUCUGCCUAAAAGGUAGAAAAGACGAUGCCCUUAAGAUUAUGGAAAACAUAGCAAAAUUGAAUAAGAAGGAACUGCCUCCUGGCGUCCUUCUUACCGAUCGUGAAAUUGAGCUACAAAGACAAGUCUCGAAGCCAGAGGCAUCUGCCACUGAUUCGCCUUCUUCUGCCCCUAGAUGGAAAGAUUCUGACUUGGGUGUCAUCGAGACUCUACGGAUGUUGCUUUCUCCAAGAUUAAUUCGCUCAACGAUACUCUUGUGGUUCAUAUUCUUUGGGAAUGCAUUUUCGUACUAUGGUCUUGUUUUGCUCACUACUGAAUUAAACCGUAAAUCUCAUUGCAAUUCGAACGGAACACAAUCGAACGACAAGUCAGAUGCUGGUGUUGACUAUAAAAAUGUUUUCAUUACUACUUUAGCAGAAUGCCCGGGCCUCUUAAUAUCAGCUCUCCUUGUCGAUAGGAUUGGUCGCAAAAUUUCAAUGGCAGCUCUGUUCUUCAUUUGUAUCGUGUUCGUUCUGCCACUGGUCGUCCAUCGAUCUCCACUAGUGACCACCAUUCUCCUAUUUGGGGCAAGAAUCUGCAUCACGGGAACUUUUUCAGUUGCCUCUCUAAUGGCUCCGGAGGUAAAUGUUUACUUGUGUUCCUUAUGAAAAUGGCUUAUUGUGGCAGGAUUUAUUUUUACGGCCAAUAACCGAAGAACGCCCAUGAAUUUUCUCAAAUGUACAAUACUUCAAACACAGAAAUUAAUCUGUAGCUCCACGAACUGCUCUACUUGAGCGGCCAUCUGUCAGGAUUAUUGAGAUGUCCUUUGUUGGUCUUCAUAUGACUUUUCCAUUCUGACGUUGGCCAUUACUAGUUGCUCGGCCCCGAGUCUUUAGUGGGUCAUAUCCUAUAUCUGAACUUGGCAUGUGCUCGCUGAAGCUGCGGAACUCAGACACUAUAUCUUAUUCACAGACUAUAUGUUUUUCAGCUUGGAAGGACAUCUUGACUUCUAGCUGUACCCUACGUCAGUCAGAUCAACCGGUUAUGGAAUUGCAAACUGCGUGGGCAGAAUUGGUGGGAUGGUAUGUCCAUUUGCAGCAGUGAAGUUGAUGGAAUCAUGUCAUCAACGUGAAGCGCUUCUCCUGUUUGUUGGCGUGAUUGUUGUGGGGCUGUUUUCAGUACUGUUGAUUCCUUACGACACUAAGGGCCGGGAAUUGACAGAGAGCGUAUCGAGCACAAAACAUGACAAGCAUCGCCAAGCUGUCUGAAACUAGUUGACGGAUUGAAUGGUGAAGACGGCGGCGAGGCAAUGGCCGGCGACACAAUUUACAUUGCUUUUCAGUGUCCUAUAUAAGUGUUUGUGUGGUAUAUAAGUGUAUGUGUGUAGUGUAAUGUUGUGUGGAGUUAGUUUCAAGAUGGAUGGGGACUAGUUGUGGUUUGUGGGUUGCAUUGUCAAAUGAUGUAUGUAUGGACUGCAAGGUUAUUAGCUCUUAUUAACUUCUUGCUGAGGCUUUUUGGGGGCUAUCAUCAUCAGGUAAACCUUGCGUCACACGGCUGCGUUAGUGCGAGAGAUGUAUCAUAAUUACAAGUUGUGAUGAUGGAGGGGGUGCUACUUUAGUUGAUCUUUUAGGAGUGGUGGAAAUCAGGCUAUUGUGCUCACAACACGAUUUGUAAGAACGUGUCUGCAGAGGUUGUAAUCCUUGGAUUCGACCGUUUGGGUGUCGCGCCCGUUGGAUGGAUGUGUUAGUAACUGUAUAAAUAAAAUGUUAUUGAAUUCAUCCAACGGGCGUAAAGCGUCUAUUACCUUAUCAGGUAGCUCCAAGCCUCGUGAAAAAGUUCUCACAAAUGAGUUGUGAGCAGCCAAACACCAUAGUCGAAUUGAGUGGUGUGUAGCUUUUUUAAUGCGAUAGCUAAAGGAAUUGUAUAAUACGAACUAACAUAUAAAUGGAUUCAACUCAUAAACAUUAAAAAAAUAUAUAGACUAAUUGGUCCAAUUGAUUGAUUUAAACCAAG